UGUGCUGCCUGUCUGAACCGGAAGUGGAGGGAAAAAGCGAAGAAGAAAGUCAGCGGUUGUCAACAUGGCGUUCAGUUUUGGCGGCGCCACGAGUAACACAGCGCCAAGCACGUCCGGGUUUUCAUUUGGCUCAUUUGGUGCCAAGACAACAGCUCCAACAACGUUUGGUUUCAACCCGACAGCUACAACCACCACCGCCUCCUCAGGGUUCGGCACUUUAACAGCUCCUAGUUUUGGGGCAGCGACCACCACCUCUGCACCAGCCACUGGGUUUAGUUUUGGCUCCACCAACACUGGAUUUGGGGGGCUUGGAGCUGGAAACACCACGGCUGGAACAUUUGGUGGUUUUGGGACGACCACAACAAGCGCUGCAGCACCAGGGUCCACUUUCAGCUUUGCUGCCCCCUCUAAUACUGCAGGAGGCCUGUUUAGUAACACACAAAACAAAGGGUUUGGAUUUUCAUCAGGCCUUGGAACUGGUACCGCCACUGGAGCAUCAGGUUUUGGAACUGGAUUAGGAACAACUGGCCUUGGUGGAUUUGGAGGUUUUAACAUCCAGUCGACCCAACAGCAGCAAGGAGGCUUGUUUGGCCAGCCGGCCCAGCAGCAGGGUCAGACUCAGCCCACCCAGCUUUACCAGCAGGUCACCGCUCUGUCGGCCCCGACCCUGUUAGGAGAUGAACGGGACUCCAUUCUUGCUAAGUGGAACCAGCUGCAGGCCUACUGGGGUACAGGAAAGGGCUACUACAGCAACAACAGCCAGCCGGUGGAUUUUACUCAAGAGAACCCUUUUUGCAGGUUCAAGGCUGUGGGAUAUAGCUGCAUCCCAGUGAGUAAGGAUGAAGAUGGUUUAGUGGUCUUGAUGCUCAAUAAGAAAGAAGCAGACGUGAGGGCGCAGCAGCAGCAGCUGGUGGAGUCUCUUCACAAAGUCCUGGGAAGCAACCAGACACUAACUGUGAAUGUGGAAGGGGUCAAAUCCCUGCCAAAUGACCAGACAGAGGUGAUCAUUUACGUGGUGGAGCGUUCCCCUAACGGCACCUCCAAGAGGAUCCCAGCCUCCAAUCUCUUCAGCUACCUGGAGCAGGCCAACAUUAAGGUUCAGCUCACACAGAUCGGAGUGAUCAUGUCAGUCACACGCACAGAGCUCUCACCAGCUCAGCUCAAACAGCUGCUGCAGAACGCUCCUGCAGGAGUGGAUCCCAUCAUCUGGGAACAGGCUAAGGUGGACAACCCUGAACCUGAGAGGUUGAUCCCUGUCCCCAUGGUUGGUUUUAAGGAGCUGCUGCGCAGAUUACAGAUCCAGGAACAGAUGACUAAACAACAUCAGACUAGAGUGGAUAUCAUCUCCAACGACAUCAGCGAGCUGCAGAAGAACCAGGCGACAACCGUGGCCAAGAUUGCUCAAUACAAGAGGAAGCUGAUGGAUCUCUCACACAGAGUGCUGCAGGUACUGAUCAAACAGGAGAUUCAGAGAAAAAGCGGUUAUGCUAUCCAGGUGGAUGAGGAGCACCUCAGGGUGCAGCUGGACACCAUUCAGUCAGAACUCAAUGCUCCCACACAGUUCAAGGGCCGUUUGAAUGAAUUAAUGUCCCAGAUUCGAAUGCAGAACCACUUUGGAGCUGUGAGGUCAGAGGAGCGCUACAGUGUUGAUGCAGACCUUCUCAGAGAAAUCAAACAACAUUUGAAGCAGCAGCAGGACGGCUUAAGUCACUUGAUUGGCGUCAUCAAAGAAGACAUGGAGGACAUCAAACUGAUUGAGCACGGACUGAGUGACAGCGGUCACAUGAGAGGAGGCAUCUUGAACUGAAAAUACAUGUUUGGACCCAACAUCAGCCUGAAAAAUGGCACCCAGACCAGUAAAUGGAACAAUCGCAAAGCUUCACUGAGAUGACCGUCUUAGCAGGCUUAUAAAGGAUUAGUUUGAAAUUGUAUUUGCCUCAUUGUUUGUUCUUUUUUUUCCAGUCAAUAAAAUAAACUUCCCUACAGUCGGGACAGCUUAAUGGAGAGACUCGAUAUCUAAUAAAAGCUGGCUCCCUUUUGUCUAAUCAGAUUAUAGGUGUGAUUAGGCCUAUAACUGUCUAGAGGAAAUAAACAAGCUGAGGUUAAAUGUGUGCCAUGAUGACUGUAAAUUUUGUAUUUUUUAUGCUAUUAGAAUAUUAAUAAAUUUAGUUUAGAAUCAAA